AACAAAACAAAAAAACGUCCGCUUUGUAGGGAGACAAAUCGCUUUGUGUAUUAAAUUUAAGAGAGAUAAAAGCACAACGCGCUAAGAUAUAGGAACACCUUUGUUUCAGCGUCCUAAUGCACAAAACAUGUUCCCACGUGACUUUGCAUGGGGAGCGGCGACGUCUGCGUAUCAAAUAGAAGGUGGCUGGCAAUCGGACGGCAAGGGACCGAGUAUCUGGGACACAUUUUGUCAUGAGAAAGGCAGAGUGUUUGGGGACCAGAAUGGAGACGUGGCCUGCAACAGCUAUGAGCUGUGGGAGAAAGACCUGGAGUGUAUCCAGCAGCUUGGGCUGACGCACUAUCGCCUGUCUUUCUCCUGGGCCCGCCUCCUGCCUGAUGGGACCACGCAACAUGUCAAUCAGAAAGGUGUGCAAUACUACAACAAAGUGAUUGAUGAUUUGCUAACCUCAAAUGUCUCACCGAUGGUUACCCUUUACCACUUUGACCUGCCUCAAGCUCUGCAAGACCAGGGAGGCUGGAAAUCACCUGGUAUAGCCAGUCUCUUUGACAAUUACGCUCAGUUUUGUUUCCAAACAUUUGGGGACCGUGUCAAACUUUGGAUCACUAUCAAUGAGCCACAAGUGUGCGCCAAACUGGGACACGAAGACGGCAUCCAUGCCCCAGGGUUAAAAGAGAAAGGCACUGCUGCCUACCUGGUAGGACAUAACAUGCUGCGGGCCCACGCCAUGGCCUGGCACAGCUACAAUUCUCGCUACAGGUCAGAGCAGAAAGGUGCCGUGUCUAUUGCCCUCAACAGCGACUGGUAUGAGCCAUUAAACCAAGGUUGCCCCAGGGACAUUGCUGCUACUGAACGUGACCUUGCAUUUCAACUGGGAUGGUUCGCCUGGCCCGUGUUUGUUACCGGUGAUUAUCCAGAAAUAAUGAGAUCUGCUAUAGAUGCUCAAAGUAGGAAGCUAGGAUACAAUGCAGGCUCAAGGUUCCCCAGUUUCUCCAAGGAUGAAUCUGCCAUUCUGGGAACUGCCGACUUCUUUGCGUUGAACUACUACACGUCUCGCAAAGUCAAACCAGGAGGAGGUUGUGAAAAGAUGUUGUGUAUAAAGGGAGAUCAAGAUACAGAGGAAGUUUUGGAUUCAUCCUGGCCCAUCAGUGGACUGUCCUGGCUGGCUGUAGUGCCAGAUGGCUUGAGGAAACUCCUAAAGUACAUUAAGGACACUUUUAACAACCCGGCGAUCUACAUUACAGAGAACGGUUUCUCUCAGGUGGGGCCACUGCAGAUCGAGGAUGCACAGCGCUGUGUGUAUUACAAGGACACCAUCUCAGAAGUGGCAAAAGCUAUACAAGAAGAUGGGAUCAACGUCCGUGGAUAUUUUGCAUGGUCUCUGAUGGAUAACUUUGAAUGGGCCGAUGGAUUCAGCGUUCGUUUUGGCUUGUUCCACGUGGACUUCAGUGAUUUGAAGCAGAGUCGAACUUUGUACCAAUCUGGACGGGAAUAUGCAAAAAUCAUCUCAAAAUCCCGAUGUGGCCAGUCUAAAUAAGAGUAGCUGGAAAAAUGUGUGUUACUAUGUGAAUUAUGAACAUGCUUUUGUUUUCAAGUUUUUAAGUAUUGCCUAUGAAUUUUUUUGUAGUUUAAAAACAAAACAGCUGGUGAAUUGUCUCAGGAGUAUAAUUUCUCACUCGCCUUUAUGAUGUGAAGACAGGAACAAAAUAAGGUUAUGUUAAUUCAGUGGUAUUUAAAUCGGUAUCCUGCCGAAUCCCAACUCAUUGCAGAUAAGGAAGGUUUAUACAGAACCAGCGAGCUGUAAGGCCCUGCAAUUGCUUCAUGGGGCUAGAGAAGAACUUAUGAAGAUCCCAACAAUAAUAACGGCAUUAUCACUGUGAAUGACUUUAUUGUGCGUACAUGUAUUAUGUGAAGGCUGACCUGUUCUGGCGGUCUGUUUACAUAUUUAAGAUCUUAUCUUUAGCUUAAAUCUACCAGCAAGAGUCACGUGACUGGAAUCUGCGAGAUAUCUUGCAUUGAUGUCUUGAAUUGUUCUCUGAAUAGUUGUGAUUCACUAAAAGGUUGAAGGUCUGUAGCUGUAGUGACACAGGUAUGGGAAAACAUGCUCUGCAGUUUCACUUUGUGAUGUGAAAGGCUGUUUCCUGUUUACAGACGUAACGCACACAGUGCACAUGCCCACAUGACGAUAACAGUACCUGAGGAAUGACAGGCGUCCUAGAGAAACCACAGUCUCCACAGUUGCAUUCCUUAAAAUUGCAGGCAAUUUUAAAGCGCUAGAAGCAGUGUCAGUAUGAGCAAUAAUGUGAUUAUAUCAAUGAAAGCAGUGAUUUAUGACCGCAAAUUGUCUCAGUGAGCUCACUGAAGACGGUGUCGAGACAAAGGAACGCGCGGAAAUAAAGCCUUUUUCAGUGACACAUCAAAGCCCAUAGCUUACAUUUAUUUGGAAUAAAGACUGAU